UUUUAAUUCAUGUUUUACUGUUGCCAUGCAGUUUUUUCUUAUGUUUACUGCCAGACUAAUGAGUUAGCUUCUGGUUAGAGAACUCACAAGCUUGUGCUUUUUGACAGGCAAAAAGCCUGUCCGUCCUCCUCAGCUGGACAAUGAUAAUGACAAUGCCAGUACCAAUGCCAAAGCCAAGGACAAUGCCAAGACUGGAGACGAGGCUGGAGCAAGCAUCGGAAGUGUGCCGCUGGUGUCUUCAGCCCCCUGUACUGACGCAUUUGGGGUGAAACGCAUCAUCAGGGGGUUGUUUGAGAAAAUACGGCCUGGAUUCCCUAGAGACGACACAGGAGAGCUGGAACUGGUGCCUGAGUCCCAGCUCACUGAAUUGACCCUGAAACUCACUGAACAUGUGAUGAAGAAAAUAGUAAGGAUUCCCAGCCUUGCUUCGUGCAACGCAGAUGAGCAAGAGCAUUUACUAUUACAGCAUGUGAAGAAAACUACUAGAGCUGUAUAUCGGAGUAUGGUGGAGGCGACUGGCUGCAAGAGAGACUUACAGAUAGCGGUCGGCUCAAGAAACCCUGAAAUAAUGAAGAGAAUUAUCUGCUGUGUUGCUAGACAUAUCCAGGAGGGAGAGUUUGCGCAAGGCACAAAUUCACCUCUGGAGUCCCUCAAACCUAAGGAUGACAGCAAUCGCGCUACGGAGAAAAUAAGAGUCAUGAUUCCUCAUCGUGCUAACAAAGUACUACCUUCCCCAAUGAAUAGUUCUUCUGAUUUCCCCAAGAAAAAGGUGGGUGGCAUGAAAGAGAUGGCCUAUGACAGAGUCUCAGCAGGUGAUUCUUUUUACCAGAGAAAUGUUUCAAAUGAGAAAAGAGAGAGGUGUACCCCUGAGUCUUCUAAAAAGCCAAAGGAGUCCAUUGUACCAAGAGAGCUGGAUGUUGACGAACAACACCAUGCUAAGGCAGCAAAGAAGAAAUCCCUUAAAGCAAAAAAGAAACGCUCCCUGGAGGCUGAGACUUCAACAUCCAAAUCUCUUCGGCAGCCUUCUGAGCAUGAAAUAAAGCCUCUUGAGCUGAGUUCAGCUGUGAUGCAGAGCGAACCAUGCCACAAUGCCAGCGCCAACCGUGGUAACUUCUAUGAAAUUCAGGGCACAUCCUCAAGUUUCAACAGCCCUGGAAAGAGGGAACUCAUGCAACUGAGGGAUAAGAACAGCAUCCCACAAACUGUAAGGAAGAAGAUCUUCGAGAAGGAAAGUGGCCCUCCAGAGAGAUAUCAAUGGAGGCAGCCUCGCAGUGCUAUGCCAGGAGUCUCUGCUCCUCAACCAAACCCCAGGGAGAAGCCACCAAAGUCAUCUGUGCUGACCAGGGUGUCUGCUGCACUGGCCCGAGUGUUUCAGAAGAACAAAUAGAGAAACUACUGAUGAAACCUGACCACAGGACCAAUACUUAUUAUAAGAAACACAUUUCCUGGAUUUUUAAAAUGAAUAGUGUUAAGUUAUUCUUGAUCCUCUGUUUAUCUUGACAGAACAGAUAUGCUAACUGAAAACACCGUGUCUCAUUGAGGAAUUUUAUUAUUGAACCGUAUUAUUAUUGACUACUGUGCCACCAUAUUAAAAGACCUGUGCCAAUUUA